AUGCUGCUCUUCUUACACAGGCCUUUCGUGGCCUUGGCUAAUAGCCUUGGUGCAUCUCCUGAUGAGCUCAAGCUAGUCUCCUCUUUUCUCCUGUCCUACCCCUUCGCAGCUCUCCUAAAGCGAAUCCCCGACUCGAGACCAGAUGCCAAGAACAUCUUCAUCAUCAGCGUCUCCCUCUUCUACCUCGUCGGCCUCUUCGACCUCUGGGACGGCAGCCGCACCCUCCUCAUCAGCGCCGGCGGCACCUACUGCAUCGCAAAGUUCCUCCGCACGAGCCCUUAUAUGCCAUGGAUCGGCUUCGCCUUUGUCAUGGGCCACAUGUCGGUCAACCACAUCCACCGCCAGAUCGCCGACGACCCCUCGAGCGUCGACGUCACGGGUGCCCAGAUGGUGCUCCUCAUGAAGCUGAGCGCCUUUUGCUGGAACGUUGCAGACGGUCAGCUCCCUGAUGAUCAGCUGUCCGACUCUCAGAAGAGGAAUAGGCUCAAGGAGCUUCCUCCUCUGCUCGACUAUGCUGGCUGGGUUCUCUUCUUCCCCGCCCUCUUCGCCGGUCCGUCUUUUGACUAUACCGAUUACCGACAAUGGCUCGACACGACCAUGUUUGACGUCUCCAACGUUGAUCCAGCCAAGAAGCCUCCCGUCAGGAAGAAGCGAAAGAUCCCUCGAAGUGGUGGCCCUGCAGCCUGGAAGGCCGUGAGCGGCCUCGUCCUCAUCGGUCUCUUCAUGGGCUUCAGCGGCUCCUACUACCCCAGCAUGCUAACAGCCGACUCAUUCGUCGAGUACGGCCUCCUUCGCCGAAUCUGGUCCCUCUACAUGGUCAGCUUCACAGCACGCCUAAAGUACUACGGCGUCUGGUACCUGACCGAAGGCUCUUGCAUCCUCGCAGGUCUCGGUUACAACGGUGUGGAUCCUGUUACUGGCAAGAUCUCAUGGAACCGUCUGCAGAACAUUGACCCCUGGGCAGUCGAGACGGCCCAGAACCCGCGAGGAUACCUCGGCGGGUGGAACAUGAACACCAACAACUGGCUCAGGAACUACGUCUAUCUGCGCGUUACGCCCCGUGGUAAGAAGCCCGGCUUCCGCGCCAGCCUCAUGACAUUUGGAACCAGUGCCUUGUGGCACGGCUUCUACCCGGGUUACUAUCUGAGCUUUGUCCUCGCGAGCUUUAUCCAGACAGCCGCAAAACACUUCCGCCGUCACGUCCGCCCCUUCUUCCUCGACCCCGUAACCGGAAACCCCACCCCCAAGAAGAAGUACUACGACAUUGCAUCCUACCUCGCCACCCAGCUCACCUUCACCUUUGCCACGGCGCCCUUCCUGGUCCUCUCCCUCCAAGGCUCUCUCCUUGCCUGGUCCCGCGUCUACUUCUACGCCAUCAUCUGGACCGCCCUGUCCCUCGUCUUCUUCCACUCCCCCGGCAAGCUCGCCCUCAAGAAGCAGCUCGAGAAGCGCCAGGGCCGAGCGAGCGCCAAGCUGGUCCGCUCCCUCAGCACGGAUAGCCUGACGGGCAAGGAGCCCAUCCUAGGCAUCUCGAAGGAUCCGGAGGGCGACAUCAACGAGGCCGUCGAGGAGAUUCGGGCCGAGGUUGAGGCCAGGCAAAAGAAGCUCAAGGCUGACUUUGAAGCCCAUCAGCCCAAGGCCAACGGGAUCAACGGGAACAAGGCUCAUGCCGAGUAA